GCGAAGAAGUAAGCAUUGAAGAAGACAUAACUGUCAGCCAGAAAGCCAUAGGUUCUACUUAUUAGGUGAUAGCCGAGCUAGAUCGAAAAUACAUCCGUUAUUCCGUUAGCCAUGGCCGAAAACAUGAACCUGUAUUGGGGCUCCGGCUCUCCUCCAUGCUGGAGAGUAAUGAUAGCCCUGGAGGAGAAGAAACUGCAGGGUUACAAUCAAAAGCUGCUGUCUUUCGAGAAAAUGGAACAUAAGUCACCAGAAGUUUUAUCUAUUAACCCCAGAGGACAACUUCCUUCAUUCAAACAUGGUGACAAUAUUUUGAAUGAAUCCUACGCAGCCUGUUUCUACCUAGAGAGCCAGUUCAAGCAUCAGGGGAGCAAGCUCAUCCCAGAUGGCCCUGCUGAACAAGCCCUUGUUUACCAGCGCAUGUUUGAGGGACUCACCUUUUAUGACAAACUAUGUGCUGUUAUCUACUACGAGUGGAUUGUGCCCGAAGGCGAGAGGCUUGAGUCCGCUUUGAAGAGAAACUGUCAAGCCCUUGCCGCUGAACUCCAGCUGUGGGAGGGCUACCUGCAAAAGGCGGGAUCCUACCUGGCUGGGCCCUCCUUCUCGAUGGCGGAUGUGAUUGUGUUCCCAACUAUUGCAAAUCUUUUCAGGUUUGGGUUGCGUGCAGAGCGCUACCCAAAAGUGGCUGCUUACUACGCAAUGUUGAAGGAUCGGCCCAGUAUCAAAGCCAGCUGGCCACCUCACUGGCUGGAGAACCCCAACGAACAAGACGCACUCAAAGAAAUUUGACAUGUACACUGACAUAAAUGCACAAUAUUUGCACUAUUCAGUUAGAUCAGAUUUCCUGUUUCUUUAUAUCAAAAUAGUAGGAAGAGUAGGCUUGGAUUUUUAUUUUGAACACUAAAAUGUUUUUGUGCAUGUUGUGGAAAAGAACAUACAGUACACUAUCAAAUAGAUGUAGCCUAUAUUAAACAAGUUCAAUGAAA